AGGAUGUCUUGAUAAACUUGGGAAUUCAUUCCCUCGAUGAUGGAAAUCUGACCAGGCCCGAAGCAGCAAAGCAGCCCCAAACCAGGAUGCUCCCUCCACCAUACUUCACCGUUGGGAUGAAGUUUUCAUGCUUGAUGAAAUGAAAGAGGAAAUCAAGAACCAAUAGAAGUGAAAGAGGAAAGUCAAGAACUGAAUGAAGUGGAGGAGGAACAUCAGUAUCAGAAUCCUCAUUUCAUAACUGAAGAAAAAUCUUUUAUUUGCUCAGACUGAGAAGAAUUCCUCACAAAACAGGACACAAGUAAACAUUUCUUCACCUGCCUUCAGUGUGGAAAGUCUUCAGAAACAAACAAAUUCACACUAGAGAGAGGCCUUUCACAUGCCUUCAGUGUAGAAAAAGUUACACAGACAAAUUAGGCCUUAAAAGACACUUAAUAUUUCACACUGGAGAGAAGCCUUUCACAUGCCUUCAGUGUGGUAACAGUUUCACGACUAAAAGAUACCUUUAUGUUCAUAUGAGAAUUCACACUGGUGAGAAGCUUUUCAUGUGCUCUCAGUGUGGAAAGUGUUUCAUUUCUAGGGGAGGCCUUAAGGACCACAUAAGAUCUCACUCUGGAGAGAAACCUUUCUCAUGCCUUCAGUGUGGAAAAAGUUACAUGAACAAAUUAGGUCUUAAAAGACACUUAACCUCUCACACUGGAGAGAAGCCUUUCACAUGCCUUCAGUGUGGAAUGAGUUUCACGUCUAAAGGAUACCUUAAUGUGCAUGUGAGAAUUCACUUCGGAGAGAAGCAUUUUACAUGCCAUCUGUGUGGAAAGAGUUUCAUUUAUAGAGGAGGCCUUAAGGAUCACAUAAGAUAUCACACUGGAGAGAAGCCUAACAUUUGCCUUCAGUGUGGGAUGAGAUUUGUGCAUAAAGGUAACCUUGACAUGCACAUGAGAAUUCACAGUGGAGAAAAGCCUUUCAUAUGCUUGCAGUGUGGAAAGAGUUUCAGUCGGUCAGAUGCCCUAAAACAACAUGAGAGAGGGCAUACUUGAGAGAAGCCAUACCACUGCCCUACAUGUGGGAAAAGUUUCCACCAAUCAAGGUCUUUAAGAAGUCAUAGUUGUUGUACUGAGCAAACUGCAGGUAAUGGCAUGCAAUUUGUAUGAAAUUCAGAAAAACUCAAAGAUAUAAUACAGCGCCAACAUGCAGAGGCAUGGACUCUGCAAGACCCCUGAAGGUGUCUUGUGGUUUCUGGCACCAGGACAUUAGCAGCAGAAUCUUCAAGUCCUGUAAGUUGCGAGGUGGAGUUGCCGUGGAUCGGACUUGUUGGUCCAGCACAUCUUACAGAUGCUCAGUCGGAUUGAAAUCUGGGGAAAUUGGAGGCCAGGGCAACACCUUGAAUUCUUCAUCAUGUUCCUUAAACCAUUUCCAAAAAAUGUGUGCACUGUGGCAGGGCACAUUAUCCUGCUGAAAGAGGCCACUGCCAUCAGGGAAUAACAUUGCCAUAAAGGGGUUUAACUGGUCUGCAACGAUGUUUAGUUAGGUGGAAUGUGUCAAAUUGACGUCCAUAUGAAUGGCCGACCAAGGGUUUCCCAGCAGAACAUUGCCCCUAGCAUCACACUCCCUGCACCGGCUUGUCAUCUUCUCACAGUGUAUCCUGGUGCCAUCACUUCCCCAGGUAAACAGUGCACAUGUACAUGGCUGUCUACGUGAUGUAAAAGAAAAUGGGACUCAUCAGACCAGGCGACCUUCUUCCACUGCUCCAAGGUCCAGUUCCUACGCUCGCAUGCCCACUGUAGGUGCUUUUGACAGUGAACAAGGGUCAUCAUGGGCACCAGUCUGCGGCUACGCAGCCCCAAACACAGCAGGGUGCGAUGUACUGUAUGUUGUGACACAUUCCUCCCGUAACCAUCACAAAAAUCUUCUGUCACCGACACCCUGUCGCCAGUUUGUGGUUUGUCCACUGUCGGUAGGUACCCGCCACUGCUGACCAGGAGCACCCCACAAGCCUUGCCAUUUCAGAGAUACCCUGACCCAGUCGUCUGGCUGUAACAAUUUGGCCCUAGUCACUCAGGUCUUUACUCCUGCUUAUUUCUCCUGCAUUCAACACGUUGACUAUGAGAACUGAUUGUUCGCUUACCAUCUAAUCUACCCAGACCUUGACAUGUGGCCUUGUUAGGAGAUGAUCAACGUUAUUUGCUUCACCUGGCAGCGUAGACAUCUAUGCUCCUGGAACCCUAGACCAAUGCUUCGCUGAGCAUCUUGCAACUGGUGAGCAGGAACGAGUUCUACUCUUCUUCCUGCAUGUGCCAGCAAACAAGCACCACUUCGAAAGCACAUCUUUGUUGCAGUGUUUACAUUGGACUUCAGAAAGAGCCAAUUGAAGUAAACUAAAAGAGUACGCUUGCUGAAACAUGACCAGUGUUUUGCAGGUUUUUUCAAAGUUGUGAACAAUACAUCCUCGUGUCCGACGGGCAUGAGCACUGUCUUUUAUGCUUUGGCCGAGCUCACGCAGAAGCAGCACUCGUGGGGUCUGAUGGCGUUUAUUGUGAACGCAUGAAGUUCAGGAUGCUGCACUCGCACUUGCUUUCAAUGAGAAAGUGGAAGCUGAUCCCUUUCCCUCCCGCUUUGCUCAUUCUGUCACCCGAGGGACCACACGAUGAAGGGGCGUCAGGGCAGGAUACAGAGUAUGGAGAUUUUGUAGAGAAUUUAUCGCUGGCGCAAGCCUUACGCACCUCCAGUGCUCCGUAUAUAGCAUCUUCUUCCAUAUGGUUCAACCUUAAUGACCUGCGAUCCUGAGAUUGAUGUGCAUGGUUUGAUGUUGUUUUGCAGCGCGGACGAAUAGGGUGAUGCUGUAUCGCUGGAGGCCUAUGAUGCUGAGACCUGGUCACACUCAGUGAACGGGCAGGGUAUCUAUAUUUCCCCUUGAGCUGUUGAAAGCAGUGCUAUAUCUGCUUCAGUUGAGAGCCGUUAGCUCGAAAAGCCCAUCCCUAAUGUGCCCGAGCACUCUUGACUGGACGAAUGGUUUUUACAGAGAAUACCUGAUUACGCAGCCCGGGAUCAGCUGGUCAAGACAUGGCGCUCACUGUUUUCUGCAAUAACCUAUGUUUAUGAUAACCUAUGUGGCCUUCACAUCCUUUGACUGUACUGUGCUUAGAAGAUGUUCACAUCUUCCCCCAAUUGAAGAUGCAGUCUCUUUCACAUUGGCUUGGAAAUCUAAGCCGGUUUAUCCAUCCAAGCCAUGUAGGCUCACAGCCAAGCUGUUGGGUAAUGCCUACACUUUGCAGCAUGGCGGUGUUGCUAUCAGGACCACUGUCCAGGUGUCUGCAGAACACCUCAUCUGGUGAAAUAUUUCAGAUCUGAGCAACAAGGACAAAGCCAUCCUGCUUGAUGCCCCGGUGUGUUACAAACUUCACAAACAUGAGCAGAUUUCCAGCUCUAACCAACCUGGUUAUUCCGAACAACCACCCCCAAUUCACAGAAGGAAUUCUGCAGAUCAGCCAAUAGCGCAAACACGCCCACAAAAUGUCUGCAAUAUGCACGCAAAAUUCCGAGCUUGUGGGCCGAUUCUGAGUGCUAUAGAGUGGAGGAUGCAGCAGAUCACCACCAUGAUAUGACGUACUCUGCCGGGACAGUACAUCAUCACUGUGAUACUAAUGCUCUUCUCCCUCAUUUAAUCAUUAUUUGACAAAUGAUUGCUGAUAUGAUCGAAAGAAAAUGUACACAAACUUCUCUGUUAAACAAAAUUGGCUUUACCACCUUUUUUCAUUUGGCAGUAAUAGCGCAAUGUAAAUUGCGGCGAGCAAUUUUUGUGAAUAAAGCGCAACUUACAAUGAGACAGAUUUACAUAGAAAGAAGGUGUGUUUAAGCAAAAAGGGAUGACAGUGGCUUCAUUUAAAUCAAGACCUAGCACAAACUCAGCACUGAUUGCGAUUGCUAAAAUACAUUGCAGGUGAUUGGUGAAUAAGAAGCAGGUAUAUGCGCUGAAAUACCAAACGCAACUGUUUUUUGCCCCAAUGAACGUUGCCCACCCUAAGGCUGUGUGUCCACCAAAGUGUUUUUUUCCUGAGGCCAGCAUAUUUUUUCAAUUGUUUGCAAUGGGAGCGCCACGUAUUUAAAAAAGCCAGCAGCGUGACGAGACGCUGAGCGUCUGUUCCAUGCUUGACUUUUUUUCUGGUUGCCGAGAGUUUAAAAAUUUUGAACUUUGGGUAAAACACAAAGCUCGCCACGGUCACUUUUCACCCAGACAUCCAAUCACAGUGGAGGAGCGGCGGGACAAAUCCCACACCGACCAACAGUCACAUCCUACUUGUAUAAUGACUGAACAACAGUGGAGGAGAAGUUUGCUCUGAGUGUUCAUGUCUGUACCAGAUGACAUUCCUGGACUACCGCAAUAUUAAUAAGAAAAAAUAAUGCUUCAGCCUUCCCUUCAUCCAGAGCAAGGGCCAGAGCAAGUACUCUUCCUUGUGCCGACAUCUUUACAUUUAGCACUUGUUGAUAACAUUACUUCCGCAGAUAUUCCGUAUCAUAGCAACCAAAGUGUCUCAGCUGAAAAAACGCUGUGCCUCAAAAGCGCUCUCAAGCCUCCCAGCUGGGCGUUUUCAGAAGAGUGCUUGGCAUUUUCAGCUGGCAAAAAAACGCUUUGGUGGACACCCAAGAUCAAAAUGGCCACCCAAACAUUGCAUCCUGGUAAUGCCAAUGCAUUAACCUGAAAGCUCUGUAAACAUCAAAUGGAACUGAAAUAUGAAUUUGCAAAGAACCCGCCUCAUUUCAAAAGUCCACCACAAGCCACUGUAUUUUAGUGUAUAUUUAUAUUAAUUUUGUGUUUAUUCCAUAUAUAUAAGGACACCGGGAUUAUGCAAUGCUUUUAGUCCAAACUUAUUAAUGAAUCAUCAUUUCUUGAGGGCCAAUAUUGUUUGUACUAGACAUUCGUUAAAAAAAUGAUAAUAAUCUUGAUUAAACUUUAAAAUUGCUUUUUUGUGUGUGUAUAUUUCAUAAUCACAAAGAUAGAAUACAUUACAAACCUAAUUUUAGAUUGUUUUCUGUUGAUGUAAAGUCCUUUUGUUUCUCCUUAAAGAAUGUAUCUAGACCCCUAAAUAAUAAAACAAUCAUAAAUGUAAUUCGGACUGCUAAAUAUAGUUGUAGGCUAUAAUUUACUGAAACUGCCGGUGUAUUGUGAUGUCCGUAUGUCUCCAACAGUAAAUGUGUUCUUGUUCUGGUCCAUGCUGUCAGUAGGUGGCGAUAAUGCUCCAUAUUACUUUGCGAUUCGCCAUUAGACAAGAAAAAGAUGAUGAAGAAGAUUCCGAGCAGAAUGAGAAUGAAUGCGUGACUAUCAGUUCUUUUAUUUACAGUGAUUUCACAAGUUUUAUUGUAGAUUUUAAACGCUGUUCCAGUGUUUAUUUUCAAGUAGAAAGCGGGAGAAUUGCGAGUUGUCUGUAAAUCAGCAAAACUCCAGGAAACAAGUGAAAUCUGUGUGACACUGUUGUAAAGAUGUUUAUUAAAGAGGAGAGUGAAGAUAUGGGUUAUCCAGAAGCAUGCAGAAUUAAAACAGAACACACUGAGGAACAAACAGAUUUGAUAGAAACGAAAGAAGAAAAUCAAGAACCGAUAGAAGUGAAAAAGGAAAGUCAAGAACUGAAUAAAGUGGAGGAGGAACAUCAGUAUCAGAAUCCUCAUUUCAUAACUGAAGAAAAAUCUUUUAGUUGCUCACAGUCUGAGAAGAAUUUCUCACAAAACAAAACUCAAGCCAAAAAUUCCUUCACUUGCCAUGAUUGUGGAAAGAGUUUUGCACGGAGAGAAAGUCUUCAGAAACAUAAAAUAGUUCACACCGGAGAAAAACCUUUCACCUGCCCUCAGUGUGGAAAGAGUUUUACACGGAAAGAACAUCUUAAAAUGCACAUUAAAGUUCACACUGGAGAGAGGCCUUUUAUAUGCCCUCAGUGUGGAAAAAGUUACACAGACAAAUUAGGCCUUAAAAGACACUUAAUAUUUCACACUGGAGAGAAGCCUUUCACAUGUCAUCAGUGUGGUAAAAGUUUCACAUCUAAAGGAUCGCUAAAUGUGCACAUGAGAAAUCACAGUGGAGAGAAACCUUUCACGUGUCCACAGUGUGGGAAGAGUUUUGCAAAGAAAGGAGUCCUUAAGGAUCACAUGAGAUAUCACACUGGAGAGAAGCCUUACACUUGCCUUCAGUGUGGAAAGAGUUUAAUGAGUAGAGGAAGCUUUCAUGGACACAUGAGAAGUCACACUGGAGAGAGGCCUUUCGUAUGCUCUCAGUGUGGGAAGAGUUUUGUGUUUAAACGGUGCCAUGAAAUGCAUAUGAAAAUUCACACUGGAGAAAAGCCUUUCACAUGCCAUCAAUGUGGAAAGGGUUUCAUUCGGGCAUACGCUCUAAAACAACAUGAGAGAGUGCAUACUGGAGUGAAGCCAUACAACUGCCCUUCAUGUGGGAAAAGUUUUCUCCAACCAAGGUCUUUAAGACGUCAUAGAAAAGAGAGUUGCCCAGAGUUGUUGAAGUUAGCAAACUGCAAGUAAUGUUUUGUCAUUGGUAUGAACUUCAGAAUGACAUCUAAAAGGGUCGUUUACUACAUUGUAUUACCUGUUGUGAUGAAUCAGCUGUCAUUCUAUGUAAGGGAUAGUAGGAAGUAGAGCUGGGCGAUAUAUAGCAAAAACAAAUAAAAUAUGUGUAUGUAUACAGUGGCUAUAAAAAGUCUUCACACUUCUGUUAAAGCAAGUUUGUCAAAAAUAUAUAAAAGAUGAAACUAAGCAAUUAUGUUAGAUCUUUUUGCACCUCUAAUGUGCCAAUGCACCUAACAAAAUUGUGAAGAAGAAAAAAAUGCCUCUAUUUUUGGAAGCAUGCGCAGAGCGUUAGAUGACGCUGUAGGAAGUGUAAUCGAGCUUGAAAUCAUGAUCGCCAAGGAGACUAAAGGAGUUAUUAUUUUGGUCUGUUCUCACCCAAAACCAACUUGACCGCUUCACAAGACAUUUAUUAAACCACUUGGUUGAAGCACCUUUUACUUGUUAUACUGCACCCAGUCUUUUUUAACAAUUAUUAACUUGACUGCGAUGCGAUUCCGAUUAGAUUCAGGGGCCUGUGAUCGAUGUGAAAUGAUAUCAUUUGUCUAAUUUACACUAUCUGUUACAUUUAUUAUACCACGAACUGAAAAUUGUAUUGAGCUCUCUGAAAAGUACCCAAACCCAGGACAUUGGAACAUCCACAAAAAAAUACAGAAAAAAUAUAUUUUUAUUUUGUAUAUAUUUUUGUCAUGUGACAAUUGUUUGAUGACAGCUCGUUGCCUUGUGGAAUGAGGUAAACACAAGAGUGACUUAUUUCGACUUGUUUCAUAAAUAAAAGCUGGUUUUGAUUAAAGAAGUCACUCACUGCAGUCAAAAUAAAUGCACAGACAUAAUUUUUGUAAGUAUUACAUUAUUUGUAUAUACAUAUACUUUUACAAACAGUAGCCUAUGCGCUGCGGUGGUGGUGACGUUCCUGUUCUUCCUGUUAGAUUUUACAUGGUAGUCUUGCUCAUAUAAGAUCAUGGGCAUGGCGAAUGGCGUGCACAGUACCAACAUGGUGGGGCAGUUGUCACAGUGAACUAUGCAGCCCUAAGCACAUUAAUUAACCUAGCGACUGUUCAGUUCUAAGAUAAACGUUGAUUGUUAGAAAAUUAGGUGAACCAAUAGUCAUAAAUCAAAUAAAAGGCAAAAAUGAGGAUCCACUCUGCCAGUGUCACUUGCCGUCUAUAAAUUUCUUUAGAAAACAGCGCAUGCCGCACUUGAGCGUAUUUAGAAUUUUCCGACAUAACCUUGUUUGGAUUACUAAUGAACUCUUGGACAGAUAAUGGAGUAUUGCAUUGUGUCAGUGCAAUCAUUUAAAAAAAUUCUAGUUCUCUCCGUUUCUAGUAUUCUGGUUUUGUUGAAACACCAGGGGACCCCCCUAGUGAACAACGAUUAUCCCUUGUUCACAUGGUGCAUUAUGAGAAUUUAAUAGCACCAAUGUUUCAAUGCAAUGGAACAUUUAUUGAAUGGGACAGACCUAGAAAUGGCCAACUCCAUGGUCCAUGCCCUGACUACUGUCAGUAUGUUUUAUACUUUUUAAACUGGUUGUUUUGAUUUUGAAAUGGCAACCAGUUGUAUAGUGCUAUAAUAUGGCCAAUGGGCGAAGAAACACAAAGGAGUGAACAUCAGAGCACUUAUUAGGAAAAGAAGGGAUACAUAGACAGGAUGAAUAGAAGAAAAAACCUUCAACUGAGUGUAUUCUGAUCACAUAUAUGGAUAUAUAUUUAAUUGAUAAUGGAGUAAUACAGAUGAGUGAUGGCCAGCUAAAGGCUAAAAUACAGUCUUAAUGGUACACUAAUGUUUACCUGGAUGUUUCUCCCAUUUGUAAGUGUCCUUCUGUUGCUGUCUUGGCCCUUCAGUAAAAUAUUUUAAUCUCUUGUACACCUGUGUAAAUGCUAAAUGACAAUAAAUUGAAUCUUGAAUGUACAACAUUAGCAUUCUGUACUUUGUUUACAUAAAGCAGUUGGGACUCAGGACAGUUAGCAUCAGCAUGCAAGCUUGCUUUCAUAUCUUGUGAGUAGGCUCUUAUUUAUUGAAUACUCAAACUAUUAAGACCCUGUUCCACCUGGUAUUAAGAUGCAUUUCGGGUAAUCCGAUCACAUGUGGUAAGCCCUAAAUACAGGUCUAACGGGGUCUAAAAUGUUUUGACGUUUGGCAUUCAACUGAUCACAAUGUAUAGUCAUGACAUUAAUAAUGUGAAAAAUUACUAUUACAAUUUGAAAAAAAUGUUCAGAACUUCUUAAACUACUUCAAAGAGUUCUCAUCAAAAAAUCUUCCAUGUACAGCAAUGACAGCUUUGCAGAUCCUUGACAUUCUAGCUGUCAGUUUGUCCAGAUACUCAGGUGACAUUUCACCCCACACUUCCUGUAGCACUUGCCAUAGAUGUGGCUGUCUUGUCGGGCACUUCUCACACACCUUACAGUCUAGAUGAUCCCACAAAAGGUCAAUGGGGUUAAGAUCCAUAACACUCUUUUCCAAUUAUCUGUUGUCCAACGUCUGUGUUUCUUUGCCCACUCUAACCUUUUCUUUUUGUUUUUCUGUUUCAAAAGUGGCUUUUUCUUUGCAAUUCUUCCCAUAAGGCCUGCACCCCUGAGUCUUCUCUUUACUGUUGUACAUGAAACUGGUGUUGAGCAAGUAGAAUUCAAUGAAGCUGCCAGCUGAGGACAUGUGAGGCAUCUAUUUCUCAAACUAGAGACUCUGAUGUACUUAUCCUCUUGUUUAGUUGUACAUCUGGUCUCCCACAUCUCUUUCUGUCCUUGUUAGAGCCAGUUGUCCUUUGUCUUUGAAGACUGUAGUGUACACCUUUGUAUGAAAUCUUCAGUUUUUUGGCAAUUUCAAGCAUUGUAUAGCCUUCAUUCCUCAAAACAAUGAUUGACUGAUGAGUUUUUAGAGAAAGCUGUUUCUUUUUUGCCAUUUGUGACCUAAUAUUGACCUUAAGACAUGCCAGUCUAUUGCAUACUGUGGCAACUCAAAAACAAACACAAAGACAAUGUUAAGCUUCAUUUAAUGAACCAAAUAACUUUAAACUGUGUUUGAUAUAAUGGAAAGUGAUUUUCUAGCACCAAAUUAGUAAUUUAGCAUGAUUACUCAAGGAUAAGGUGUUGGAGUGAUGGCUGCUGGAAAUGGGGCCUGUCUAGAUUUGAUAAAAAAUGACUUUUUUCAAAUAGUGAUGGUGCUGUUUUUUACAUCAGUAAUGUCCUAACUAUACUUUGUGAUCAGUUGAAUGCCACUUUGGUGAAUUAAAGUACCAAUUUCCUUCAGAAACAGCAAAAUCUGUACAUUAUUACAAACUUUUGGCCGCCAGU